GCCGGAGCUUUCUUUUACAACUAAACUUAGCUUGUUCUUUUCGUGCUUCGAUUUACCACGUUUUUUGUGGAUAAGCGAUGGAAUUUCAAAAAUCAUAAAUAAUAUUUUCUAAUAAUUAUUUAAUUUAAGUUUAAUCAUGGCACAUUAUAAUUUUAAAAAUAUUGUGUGUGUUCCAAAUGCAAAGGAAUUCACUGAUAUAAUUUUGUCAAAAACACAAAGAAAAACUCCUACUGUCGUCCACAAGCAAUAUAAGAUAACUAGAAUUCGUCAGUUUUAUCUGAGAAAGGUUAAAUUUACUCAGCAAAAUUUUCAUGAUAAAAUAACCCAAAUUUUGACCGAUUUCCCGAAAUUAGAGGAAAUCCAUCCAUUCUUUGCUGAUUUGAUGAAUGUUUUAUAUGAUAAAGAUCAUUACAAAUUAGCCUUAGGUCAAUUAAAUACUGCAAGACAUCUAAUAGAUAA